AUGGGUCGGCCACCCAAGAAAAGGACGCGAACAGACGAUGAGGGGGUCGACCCCCCAGCGCUAUCUGGAGCUGAAGUUUGGCCCAGUCCAGAGGACUCGCAGCAAUCUUCGCUAGUGAUGAGUCCAUACACAGUCAAUUUCUCAGACAUCGAUCAUCUUUGUCCGCAAUUAUACUGGCGGCCUGGUACUGCUACGAACACGAAUUUGCCACAGUCUCAGUCCGCAGACCUAUUGUCGGGGUAUGAAGACCACAACCAUACCUGGAGGCCAGACCGUCUGAAACAGCAGAACCUUCCUGUUCCCGCAUCAUCUUCCCCUUGGCCUGACUUCGCGGCCAUUUCCGAGGCCUCGGCCAUGCCGAUGCCAUACCCCAACCCUCCAACCUUCCCCUCCACGCACUCCCUCCCACUUUCUCCUGCGACCUCCAUUUCCUCUGACUCCACAACGUCUGGGUGUCCGUGUUUAUCAUAUCUCUACUUAUCUCUCAGCCACAUGACAUCAAUCUCCUCCUUCCCCGUCAACUCCCACACUCUAUGCUCGCUCUAUAUCGCUGCACGAACAGCACGAGACGUGAUCCGUUGCCAAAUUUGUCCCAAGGUCUUUUCGACCGGCCUUCAAAAUAUCAUGUUCAUAGGGACUUUAUUAACCGUCGUCGCGGACUCGUGGCUGCGCGUCUCGCAAGUCGACGCGGUCGAACUGGGGAUGCAGUCCGCGCCUCCACACUACGUGUCUGAGGUACUUCAAAGCCCUGACCCAGCACAAGUUUGGAGAUCAUGGCUUAAGGAAGUUGUUCGCCGUGCUGUCAUUGGUGGUGCCGUUGGGCCAGGUGCUAUGAUUCCUUGUUCUGAGCAACCAGAUCUGCUGUCCAUGAUCGUGGAAAUCGAGAAUCGGCAACGCCGCUGGCAUGAACCUGGGCAACAUCCACUCGGACAGUGGAAUUCAACGUCCAUGUCGGACUCGGUUCACUCCCAAGAUCAGGAGGAUUCCGGUGAAAAGGAGUUCUUAUGCCUACGUGUGGUUGGAAGCGCCAGAGAUGUAAUCAAAAGAUUCAACUUUGAUCCUUCAGAAUAUCCCGAGGGGGUUGAGCCGGUCACUGCGACGAACAAAGCGCACGCGUGA